AUGGACGCCAACUCAAACCUCCACGGCUUCGACACCCCUGACGCCCUCCCAACCCACCGGGAUCGGCAGGCGGAUUCGAUGCGCACAGAGUCACUACUUCGUGAAUCCAUGACUCGUGUCGAAGACAUGACCCAAACCCGUGACCUGGACAAGGACGGCGAUGACCGCCGCCGCUCCUUCAACGGUGGCGUAGAGGAGAUGCUCAAUGUGCUCGCCGACUGCAUCGCGAGCGAAUAA